GCGGGGUCGGGCGCGCGGAGGCGCGGCCGUUGCUGCACCGCCGCCACCUGAGGGAAGGAGCGGGGCCGCGGCGGCGGAGUCCCGUGCUGAGAGGUCCUCAUAAAAGAAGAAGGUGGUUGACUUCUGCUCUGUCACAAUGGAGUCAGUUGUGUGGGAAUGUGGUUAAAGAUUUUCAUACCAUAACCUAUAACACUGGAAAAAGAAAAGGCAGGAUUCCUCAUAGGUCCCUCUCAGAUACAACUCCUGGACUGAGCUAAGAAUGUCACAUACAAAGAACAUUCCAGUUCUGAAGAACCUUAAACUAGGACUGAAAAUGUCAUCACUGAAGUGAAAUCUGAGGGUAUGUGAAGAGUCAAAGAAGCUUUCUGCCUGCACUCAAGUCCUGUCCCCAUUCUCAGCGUGGCAGGAUGGCUCGUAGCUGGAUGUUCUGUUACCUUUGGCUGUUGGAUGUUUUGGUGGGGCACACAAGAGGACACAGUUUAUUUUCUUGUGAGCCCAUCAUCUUGCGGAUGUGCCAGGAUCUGCCUUACAACACCACCUUCAUGCCUAAUCUUCUGAAUCAUUAUGACCAGCAAACAGCAGCAUUAGCAAUGGAGCCUUUUCAUCCGAUGGUGAAUCUGGAAUGCUCCAGGGACUUCCGACCCUUCCUGUGUGCCCUCUACGCCCCCGUGUGCAUGGAGUACGGCCGCGUCACUCUCCCCUGCCGCAGACUCUGUCAGAGAGCAUACAGCGAGUGCUCCAAGCUCAUGGAGAUGUUUGGGGUAUCUUGGCCUGAGGAUAUGGAGUGCACCAGAUUCCCAGAUUGUGAUGAGCCGUAUCCUCGUCUGGUUGACCUCAAUUUAGCUGGGGAGCCCACAGAAGAGGCCCCAAUGGCAGUCCAGAGGGAUUAUGGCUUUUGGUGUCCUCGGGAGCUGAAAAUAGACCCUGAUCUGGGUUACUCUUUCCUGAGGGUACGGGACUGCUCCCCUCCUUGCCCGAACAUGUAUUUUCGGCGCGAAGAGCUCUCCUUCGCUCGCUACUUCAUCGGAGUCAUCUCCAUCGUCUGCCUUUCUGCCACCUUGUUCACCUUUCUAACCUUUCUAAUCGACGUCACAAGGUUUCGCUACCCGGAAAGGCCGAUAAUCUUUUAUGCUGUCUGUUACAUGAUGGUCUCGCUCAUCUUCUUCAUUGGCUUUCUGCUUGAAGACCGAGUGGCCUGUAACGCCUCGAGCCCCGCCCAGUACAAAGCUUCCACCGUGACACAAGGCUCUCACAACAAAGCUUGCACCAUGCUCUUCAUGGUGCUCUAUUUCUUUACCAUGGCUGGCAGCGUUUGGUGGGUCAUUCUCACCAUUACGUGGUUCUUGGCAGCUGUGCCAAAAUGGGGCAGCGAAGCCAUCGAGAAGAAAGCGUUGCUCUUCCACGCCAGCGCCUGGGGCAUUCCAGGGACUCUGACCAUCAUCCUCUUAGCCAUGAAUAAAAUUGAAGGUGACAACAUUAGCGGCGUAUGUUUUGUUGGCCUCUAUGACGUGGAUGCCUUGAGGUACUUUGUCCUCGCACCUCUCUGCCUGUACGUUGUUGUCGGCGUUUCUCUUCUGCUGGCUGGCAUCAUCUCGCUCAAUCGGGUCCGCAUCGAAAUCCCCUUAGAGAAAGAGAACCAGGACAAGCUAGUCAAGUUCAUGAUCCGGAUCGGCGUGUUCAGUGUUCUGUACCUCGUGCCGCUCCUGGUUGUCAUUGGCUGCUACUUCUAUGAGCAGGCAUAUCGAGGUGUGUGGGAGACGACCUGGAUCCAAGAACGCUGCAGAGAAUAUCACAUCCCAUGUCCCUACCAGGUCACUCAGAUGAGUCGUCCAGAUCUGAUUCUCUUCCUCAUGAAAUAUCUCAUGGCUUUGGUCGUGGGGAUCCCCUCAGUCUUCUGGGUUGGAAGCAAAAAGACCUGUUUUGAGUGGGCAAGCUUCUUCCACGGGCGCAGGAAAAAAGAGGUUGUAAAUGAGAGUCGGCAAGUGCUGCAAGAGCCAGACUUUGCUCAGUCUCUGCUGAGGGACCCCAACACCCCCAUCAUCCGCAAGUCAAGAGGCACCUCCACGCAGGGCACCUCCACGCACGCCUCCUCCACCCAGCUGGCCAUGAUGGAUGACCAAAGGAGCAAGGCAGGCAGCGUGCACAGCAAAGUGAGCAGCUACCACGGCAGCCUGCACCGCUCGCGAGACGGCAGGUACACUCCCUGCAGCUACAGAGGCGUUGAAGAAAGACUACCUCACGGCAGCAUGUCGCGGCUGACAGACCACUCCCGGCACAGCAGCUCUCACCGGCUCAACGAGCAGUCCCGCCACAGCAGCAUCAGGGAUCUCAGCAGCAACCCAAUGACACACAUCACGCACGGCACCAGCAUGAACCGUGUGAUCGAGGAGGAUGGCACCAGCGCCUGAGCCGCUUUGCUCCGCAGGGCAGGGAGAAGCAAACGCGGCCGCGCAGCUGCGGGCCCCUCCUCAGCGAUGUGGCAAUGCUCAGUGUUAUCAUGCCUCUCACCAGGUGCUGAUUUUGCCCCGUCAGGAAGCGCAAACCAACUUCUUCGCGUUGGAAGCCACCACUGCUUGUCCUUGCCUCAGCGCUUAGAGCGUUCAGCAGUCUGGAACUACUGAGUAAAAAGCUGUUUGCCUCGUUUGAACCUCUCCGUAGGUCAUUAUUUAUUCAGUACCUGUCACUCGUCCGUCCGGCACUCCUGCCGAAACACAUCCCCCCGCCCUCCCACGGCUCUGCGCCUUGGUAGGUGUUACCCUCGGAAACUUGCUGCCAGGCUGACACUAAGGUUCCUCCCUCUAAGGCGUAGGGGAAUGCCGAAGGAAUCCCUCCCUGCAGUUCUGAUGAUACCACAGCGGUGCUGGAUUUCAGCCAGGGGAGGCACACGAGGUGCUGUACAGAGGACAUCAGCGCACGUCGGCAGGCGCUCGGCAGGAUCUCACUGGAAACGCGACGCGAGAACAGAGCAUCCUGGAGGAGGAGAUACCAAAUUCCUCUUAUCCAUAAGGGAUACUCUGCUGGUGAUCACCAGCUCUUAGCAGAGCUGCUCAGGCUCAGUGGCUAGGCCGGAGCAGAAGGGUGGGGGGAAGGGAGAGGCAGGGCAGAGGAGUUUUUGUAUGACUUGUAUGGUCCUUGCUUUUUUACGGGAGACUAUUUAAAUUUUCUACUCGUUUACAAUUUAUGUAGGCAGAGAUCAACUUUAAAACCAGUUACCUGCAUCAUCUGCAGCCACUUAUUUUUUAGAGUCAUGUACAGAAGCUGAGAUUGCCUGUUCCUUAUCUAUUUAAACGAAAAAGACUAUUAAGAAUAGCAGAGCUGCAUCUGUUGCCCGAAUUAGAAUGUAGAAGCUUUUGCUUACAAAGAGAACAAAGCCUGUUUACAGACCCCAUCACCUGGGCGAGACAGGCAGAGGCCAGAACGGACAGGAGGAGUUCCAUCAGGGGUGAACUGCCUCCCUCGUCACACCGUGGCUGGUUUGGGGGAGAAUUCUCUUAGCUCUCGGCAGGAAUUUAGAAAUGGGUGGGAGGGAUCGGGGCAGGAGCUGCCAGCAGGUGGGGAAAGGGCAGGAAGCAGCAGCCAGAAACCCUCUGCAUUGCCACCUCGAGGAGGAGAAGGAGACAGGAAUCCACUGUAAAUUGUUGGCUCCUUCUUUGCAUUACUGCUCCACCUCUGCUGUAGGUACUUUUCAUUCCCUACUGCACUUUCCUGUGGAGAAUUCUCAUUUCUCUGGUAGAGAAUUCUCAGGUUGGGCUUUUUUUUGGUGUGUAAAUAAUCUGUUGGGGUACAGCGAGUCUGUGUUGCCACUGCUGGCAACCAUCAAGGCAUGUCUUGAAUGGUGCUGUAGAGCGUCUGAAGCAUCCACUGCGAGACUCAUUCAGCGUGAGGAACCACUGAUCGCGUUUAAACCUACCUCAGUAAUUGCUACCCAUUGUUGCUGGGAAAUGAAUACUUAUUUUUACACUCUCCUUACCUGAUUCCCUCUUCGACCGUUCCCGGCGUGUUGCAAAGCCUUUGCACACACUUAGAUGGCACAACCUCAAGGGCAGGCGUAGUGCAGCAGCUCCAGAGGCUUUUGCAGCGUCGGAGCAGUGCCACAAUGACUCCAUUGGAUUGUAACUGAUGACACAAGAGCAAAGCACCUAAAAAUCAAAGGCUGCUCUGGGAGUCACCGUGUCUUGGACACUUAUUUACUGUAAAUUGUCUUUCUUGCUUCCACCAGGCUUUUGCUCCAAAGGAGAAGCACAAACCAAACCCAACAUAGAAUAGCAAAGCUUAGCAACAGCCCCCACGCUCCCUUUGUUGUACAUCCAGGGAGGGAGGUCUCUGCGCCACCGCCUCGGGGCAGAGCAGGCUGGCUGCUUUGGUUUGCUCUGCAAACAGCCCCGGGGGACGCCCACAAGGAUAACUGUCCAGAUCACCUCUUUCAAAGCAGAUGGGCAGGAAAAGUCUUUUGAGUGACUUAAACUGGCAAAGCUACAAUUCCCUGUAAGCCACAAAGGUGAAACCCCUUUUUCAUUCUCUACUAAAUAACUUGCUGCCUCAAAGGGACGCUAGUGUGAGGAACCUGGAUCUGCAGAAGGAGGUGGGGAGCUGAGUUUCCCUAACACUGUAACCGAACUGAAUAAGCUCUGGCGUUUAUCUUGAUCUUCUUGGCUCAAGUUCCAAGACUUUGUUUUAAGUAGUAGCAAUGCUUUGACUUGUUUUCAGUCAGGGAGGGAAGGGGUGACGGAGGUUUGAAACGCAUCCUGCUGGAAAUUGUGUUCAUUUCUGAGGUUUAGUUCUUGGGUUGUUUCCGGGUGGGAAUAUCUGAGCUGUUCCUUUGCCGUACACGAGGGACAGAUUUGAUUACUCCAGAGGAGGGAUCAGAAUGUAAACCCCGAGUUCUGGCUGCGCUUUCAGACUCCCACCCCUGUAAUGCCAAGCCCUCCCUUUUCUCUGCAGCACCCAAGCUGGCAUGCCGUUCUCGCUCUGCAUUCCUUCCCGGGGUUUCAAAGCCCGUCCCAGUGGCUGUUUCAGGUUUCAUGUCUAGGGCUGUUGCUCCAGCCUUGAUGCCGUUUCCCUGGCCCAGGCACUGGCAGCGCUUCAGCUCCCACAUCAUCACUUGUCGGGGCUCUGAGGCAUGUCUGGUGUUGAAUGCAGCCCAGCCAUCCUCUCUGGCAGGGAUACCUUGCUGGGUUUUUGGGGUGCUUGCCUAUAUCUGGCACCCCAAGCAAUAACUGUAGCCUUGGCACCUAGUUUCUGGGACGGAUGCCAAUCCUGAAAUUCCCACGGAGCUUAAACCCUGUCCCAGGAGGGCAGUGCUUCAGUUGCUGAAACGCUCUGGUUGCUAUGGGCUUGAGCUGACCUAAUGUACCUGUAGCCAAGCACAGGUUUCUGAGGACUUCCCAGCAGCUCCGUGUUCCUCUGCAGCAGAUGCAUGCCCCUAAGCCUGACCCUCUCUGCUCUGGAGCAGGCAGAGAAGCUGUACAUAGCCCAGUUCCUCCAGCUUGUCUCAGCGGCAGGGUAAUGUAUCUUCAUCCUACGCAUAAUGAUGACUGAGGCCCCAAAAUGCUGCUUUGCACGAUUGUGAUAUCAAAGCUUCCCCUAAAUCCCAUGGCUUCUUAUUCCCAGUAUUCCAGGGAACUGAAUCUCCUGUUUUAUCCCAUGGCAGGGAGCAAUGCAGCACAGCAUGCUGUGCUCCAACACCUUUGCUGUCCUGUUCAGGCAAAGCAGGAGGUGGCCGAGGGCUGGUGAGCACUUGGCUGCAGCUGGAGAACACUGACACUUAGCCUGAUUGCUAGGAGCAGCUUCCCCUGAGUUUGUGAUGCUCCUUCUCUCUUAACGCCUUCAUGGCUCCCGCUGUGCUGUGACAUAGCAGGGCUCAGCGGUGCGGCCACGUUGUGUGGCAGAAGCUGUCUCAGGACACCCUGCGGCUGCCCUCCCAUUGGAUCAGGAGCUCUCAUCUCCUUACAGCCUAAAACAAUCCAACAGCAGCCGAAAGUCACCUCGAGGUGUGAAUUUCUUUGUCUGCUUUUGAGCACUCUCCUUCUUCUUAGUGCUUAAACCUACAUUUUAUCGUGGAAGCUUUAGAUAUAAACUGUACCUGGGGUCAGCGGUGAGCAUGGGGCUGCACAGGGCCACUCCAGCCAAAAUCCAGCCACAGGCAAAUCAACCACAGCUGCCAAGUUGUUCCAGCAAGAAGGGGAGGCAAGACACAUGGGCAGACCAUAAGAAGAGGCACCGUCCCUGGGGGUCUUCAAGAAAAGCCUGGAUGAGGCACUUAGUGCCAUGGUCUAGUUGACUGGACAGGGCUGGGUGCUAGGUUGGACUGGCUGAGCUUGGAGGUCUCUUCCAACCUGGUUGAUUCUGUGAUAAGAGCUGGCUGAGUUGGGGCCAGCCUUUAAAGCAACGGGAGCAGACCCCACAGCCCAGCUCCAGGGGGCUGAAGAACCCCCAGAGAGAUGGCAGUAGGGAUCAGGCAGCUCUGGCUGUACCAUGCAACUGGGGUGCAGAGUGGAGCGGCCCCCAGAUGGGAGAUACCCCGAGGUGAAUUAGCCGUGAAUGUCAAAUCGAAUGUGGAAUCUCACUGCUACCCCCAAGGUCCUUUGUUUCUACCCGGACUGAGGUUUCCUUUCCCCCGAGGCAGGGUGCCUGAGGCGGCAUCUGCCUGCCGCCAGCCGCCGGCUCUGUGCUGCGGGGGUCCCGCUGCGUGUGCUGGCGCUGCCGCCGCUCCCUGCGCCGCGCUGGUGUCCCUGUUGUAACUGCACCGUUCCGAAAGAGGGAGAAGGAGGCUUUGGUGUUGGUGAGAGCUGUGCGUAGAGGGUGCUGGUGGCUAGACCCCGACUGUAGCUGUCCCGACUUGCACUCGGCUCCGGGUAGGCUCGUUUACAGUAGUGCAGUGUCGGUCGUGUAACGUUUGAGUUUUAGCACUUUAACUGUGAGUGUACAAACUGGUCAUGUUGUAGUAGGUGUACAUUUUCAUUUUAGACCUUGCAGAGUUUUUAAUAAAACCAUGGAGAAACCUGA